UUUUAUUCAAAUGAGAAAAUUAAUGAAGAUGUUGAGGUUGUUACCGGUUUAUACCAAGUUGUAGCAAGGUUGAUUCCAAGCAAAGAAGAGCAAGACAAUAAUGGCACAAUUACCUUUUUAUCAAAAUGCUGAAGGUAUCUUUGGGAUGGAUAUGGCAAUUAGGAAUCGAAAGAAAGUAUCUCCAGCUACAUGGUGGCUAACUUAUGGAGCAACAACUCCAAAUUUGAGAAAUUUUGCUGUUAAAGUGCUUAGCCUCACUUGUAGUGCAUCUGGUUGUGAGCGUAAUUGGAGCAUCUUUGAGCAUAUUCACAGUAAAAAAAGAAAUAGACUAGCUCAAAAUCGCUUGAAUGAUUUGGUGUUUAUCAAGUACAAUCGGUCAUUAAAGCGUAGAUAUGAUGCACGUGACCGCAUUGACCCCAUCUCAUUGAAAGACAUUGAUGAUAGUAAUGAAUAGUUGAUGGGUCAAAUGGAGGAAGAGAUGGAUAGAGAUGAACUUGUUUUUGAAGAUGAUGAUUUGA